GUGCCAGGCAGUGCUUGCCUCUUGUUGGCCUUCGAGCGGUUUUGCAAAUUGGCCUCAUCAUUGCCAUCCUGACAGUUCAAGAGGAUCUUGCUGAUCCACCUGUCAUUCUGCAGCUGAUCGGUAUGUGCCUAAGCAUUGGAUACUUCCCGCUCGAGCUGUACAUGUCCUACGCUUACAUAGCCAACAACACGAAUGAGGAUGAUGACGACGACCGGAUCAGCGGAUCUGUCUGUACGCUUUUCGUUUGCAUUCCGUUUCACGUCCUCACCGGCGCGCUGCUGGUGGCGUCCUUCGUCAUUGCAAGCACCAGGUCCGAAAUCACACCAGCAGCUUUAGACUACAUCAGCUUCAGUCUGGGGAUCCUCUGGCUACUGCCAGGAACGAUACUGCUCUUUUCAUCUCUCUUUGGAAUCCUGGUCUUUGCCUGUGGGCGCAUGAGCCUGCCAAAGGCAGGUCGAGGCACGCAAAAUCAGCUUCCUGACCCUGAGAUGCUGGGCGCAGACCGUACGUGA